AUGAAACCAAGCGGUGGAGGAAGGCCAUCUGGAAAUCUUCUCGAACUGAUCAACAGAGAUUUUGGUUCUUUUGAAGGAUUUGUCGAACAGUUCAAGUCAGCUGCAGCCACACAGUUUGGUUCUGGCUGGGCUUGGCUUGCAUACAAAGCGAAUAGACUCAAUGUUGGAAAUGCUGUGAAUCCUCGUCCAUCAGAAGAGGACAAAAAGCUAGUGGUAGUGAAGAGUCCCAAUGCCAUAAACCCCCUUCUCUGGGAUUACUCUCCUCUCCUUACGAUAGAUGUUUGGGAGCAUGCUUACUACCUCGACUUUGAGAACCGACGGGCUGAAUAUAUAUCAGUUUUUAUGGAGAAGCUUGUAUCAUGGGAAACAGUCAUUUCCAGGCUAGAAAUGGCAAAGGCUCGAGCUGUAGAGCGGGAAAGAGAGGAAGAGAGGAGGAAAAGAGAGGAAGAAGAGGAGAGUGCAGCAGGCAGUGAAGCUGUAGAGAUGUACUUGGAAAGUGAGACAGAUGAUUCAGAGGCUGAAUGA